ACAGCGUUUCCGCUUCCGGGUAGUGGGGCAGCUCGUUGCUAGGGUGGCACUGUUGCUAGGGGAGGCCUAGGCCGCCGCCAUGGCGGGGAAUCGCAUGCAGAAGACCGGGAGUGUGUUCAGCCGGACCCGCAAUUUGCUGCGCAUCGGCGUCAUCGAGAAGCCGCUGUGGUUCGACGUGUACGCCGCCUUCCCUCCGCUCCGCGAGCCGCUGUACCGCGUGCCCCGGCCGCGCUACGGCAAGGUGACGGACGUCGUGCCGCCCAUCCUCUACCGGGAGGACGAAGUGCGAGCGAAAUUUUAUAAAAUAUAUGGCAGCGGUCCCAAACCCUUUGAUUUAUCACAACCGAGGUACAAAUCUACUUGCCAAAGGUUUGUUGAGAAAUAUAAUGAAUUGAAAGAAGAAGGAAAAAUCGAAGAGGAAAACCUGUUUGAAGAAACAGGAAAAGCCCUUUUAGCCAGUGGGAUAAUUCUGCAGAGACGAGGAACAGAUAAAGUAGCACAACAGGAUCAUCAGGAUGCGGAAGCCAGGGAUUCGGUGCUACGUCUGCAACUUCAAACCGUGUUGGAAGAGUUGCAGGAGAAGAAGGGAAGUCAGGAGGAGCAGACAGCAGAACUGAGAGAAACGCAGAAGGAAAAUCCUUCAUCCUAACAGCUGUGCUCUUGGCACAUCCUGCAGCUUGGCGUUGUGUGCCCGUGCUGCUCGCCUGCUCAGGAGCCAGUGUUUCCAUCUGCACAGCUCUAAGAAAUAUUCUGAAGGAGGCUAUGGCUCAGUCUUCUGGCUGUGGUGCCUCCCUGCCAUGGUGUGUGUGACACACGUUCUUGUCUUUCAGUCUCCCCACUUAGGAAGCAGGAGAUGAUCCUCUUUUAAGGAACAUUGCCUUGACAUUUUCAAUUGUGUUGUCUCAGCUUUUGAGAUGGAAAAUAGAAUGGAAAAUUAAACACUUCCUGCAAAA